GUUAAUACUCAAUUGGACUAUAGUCUGACCACAAAGUUGGUUAGAAAAAGGAUAAUGUUGGCUAGAGGGCAGCCUCCUCGAAUUCCUCCCUUCCUCCCCCAAAGUUUCAACCAAAUUUUGCGCUCUGUCUCUCUGCGAUCUUGCGUGAGAUUCGGAUUUGCGGUUUACUCUACCGUCUAAAGCUAUGAGCGUCACAGAGUUCGCCAUGGUCGAAGAACUGGCGUUUCUAGUAAGGGACAACCUUCGUUCCAAACAUCUGGUGCUCGCCAUGGAAGAUACCUUCGUUAAUUUCCUCCAGACCGAAACCAGCUCUGAUGGCGUUCUGGAGUUGGAGCCGAUGGAUCCAUACAAUCGGCUACUCUUGCAUCGGCUCGCAGAUAUAUUUGGAUUUGCGCAUGUAUCUAUUGGGGAAGGAGAGAGUCGGCACUUGAUUUUGGAGAGGUGCCCGGAGACUUCAAUACCUGCCAUUCUAGUUAGUGACAUCUUGUUCCAGUGUGAUGAGCCUCAGUCUAUCUCAGUUCCUGACCAGGUUUUGAGAAGAGAUGAUGCGACCCCAGUGGUACAGGCAAAAACACCAUCCCUCAGUACAAUCAAGGAGAGAGAAGCUGCAUAUCUGGCUGCUCGGCUACGUAUUUUUUCAGUAGAUGGAGAGGAGGUGAGAGAACCUGUUGAGCAGAGGCCUAGGAAUAUCCCUGCAGUAGCCCGCCGAAUGAUAGCCCAUGCAUUGGGACAAAAGAGAGCACCUGGCAGAGACAUAGAUUGGAAUGAGGAAAAUAAGGAAGUAGAAGAAGGCAAAUCUACUUCCGUGGAAGAUUCUCAGGAAAGCAGUUCCUCGGUCGCUAAAGGAUUGUCUCGGAAGAGUAGCAGCCAGAAUGAAAUGAGCAGGAACAGAACGAAGGAGUUUUCAAAGGAGGAACAGUCACGUGCUGCAAGGAGGAUGUUUGCAAAUGCAUUGGGUCUUCAACCAACGAAGGCUAGUCUUCCUGCCACAAGAUAACAAGGUGAAGAGAAACAAGCCGGACAUGGAGAGGGAAAUCAGGGUCUUUGUAACUGAUGAAUUUUUCGGUUGUGUGCAUCUGGGCAGAACAGUUUCUAUGUUGCCAGCUACUUGAGUUGAAGAAGCUGCAGUCAGCUUGCGAGAGUUUUGUUUUUCGAGUUCAUGCCUGUUGGGAGCUUGGAGUUGCAAUUUAUGGUCGUUGUGCGGGUUUUGAAGGUCUCCCGGUACAGGAUUGCUGCCCAGAUGUUUCAAUGGAAAUGGCUGAAAAGUCAGUGAUAGCUUUGAAGCCCUAAAGUAUGAUUUGGCGAUCUAUUGGCACAGAUUAUGUACCCAUUGAAAGAUUGGGACUCCACAUUAUUCACAUACACUUGUGUUCUACAUUCACGCUUUCUCGAUCAGAGAACAGGGUAGAUUUUCACUCGGUCAUGCUGCAGACGGUGUUGCUGCAGCAAAGAAAAUGUAGAAUGUGAUACUUACUGUAUUGCCAGGAAACUUCUGGUGACUGAUUUACUUAUGAACUUGGUUGUUUUGAUGGUUCGGGUACAAAACAUUACUUCCUAAUGCAGUGGUUGCUGCUAUAUGAUGACAUAUAACACGUCCAUUCGAAU